GAGCAAGAUUUAGUCAUACCCGUGAGCUUAGAAUAAACGAACGUCGUGUGGUUAAGCGGAACAAUGAAGAGCUGUGUGGCGAUUGGAGUCCUUAUGGUAUUGGUACUCCAGUACGGAGUUGUCCGGGUGAACGGUGAUAGCAGCGACAGCAGCAGCAGCAGCAGUGGAGAGAAAAAUCACAAGUACACCACAACGGAGCACAAGUACAAUUAUCCCGCAUAUGGUGGUCCGGGCUAUAUGCCACCAUACCCUAUGUACCCAUAUCCAAUGCAAUAUCCCACGUAUCCUGGGUAUCCGCCAAUGAGUGGCUACCCUCCAUAUUCCUACAAUCCAUAUAUGCCGCCGCCAGCACCACAAGUGCCUCAGCCAGCUCCUCCACCGCCAAUGUAUCCCCCCGGCCCAUACGGUUAUCAAGGCGGCUACCCACCACAGACCGCUCCUGGACAGAAUCCGGCUAACAGCCCAAACGCGCUUUCCAAUCAGCCUCAACCACAGCAGACUGCUCCCGGCGCAGGAUCAGGGGGAGCACCAAACUAUCCUCCAGGCGGCUCGAGCGUUAUUAAUCACUCCCUUAAGGUCAACAAGGAAUACAACGAGGACGGGCACCACCAAUCUUCAACGUAGUCGUAGUCGCGAUACAAUGUUACAGGAAAUUGUAAACAUUGGUUUGGGCCUCAGGUUUCAAGUCGACGUUCAAUACAAUGUAGCCAAGUCCAAUUAAAUAGUGUUUGUCACAUUUAUACUGCUUUACACUCUUUAGUAAAAUAAUAAAAAUAUCUGUUCUCCUACCAUUUCAA